CUCCUGAUUGCGCUGCGGGCAGACUGACUGCGGAUUGCCUAACUUAUAUCUGCUAAAAAACUGGGGCUCUGGAGUUUGUGAAGAUCAUUUUAUUGCAGAAAGGAGGGCAGUCCAGGAAACUUCUCCAUGAAUGUACGUCACAAUGAUGAUGACAGACCAGAUUCCACUGGACCUGCCCCCGCCUCUGCUGAACGGGGAGGUGCCCCUGAUGCCGCACAUGGUUAACGGAGACGGAGCGCAGCAGGUCUUUCUUGUUCAAGUCAACCCUGGAGAGACCUUCACCAUACGGGCAGAGGAUGGUUCACUGCAGUGCAUCCAAGGGCCUGCUGAGGUUCCAAUGAUGUCACCCAACGGCUCCAUACCCCCCAUCCAUGUGCCUCCAGGAUACAUAUCCCAGGUGCUGGAGGACAACACUGGGGUGCGUCGGGUGGUGGUUACCCCGCAGUCCCACGAGUGCUACCCCCCCAGCUACUCCCCGGGCAUCUCACCCACCCACCACCUGCCCCCCUACAUGACCCACCCCCACUUCAUCCCCAACUCGCACACGGCCUUCUACCCGCCCGUCAGCCCUGGAGACAUGCACCAGUACUACCAGCAUCACCUCCCGCCCAUGUAUGGAGAAGAAAUCAUUCCAGUUUACGGCAUGAACUACAUCAACCGGGAAGAGCAGUACAGCAAGCCACAGCCCAAGAAGAUGCCCAAGGCCCGGGAGCUGGACCGGCAAAACCGCCUCAACAGCCCACCCGCCUCCGUCUACAAGGGCACCAUGGGCUGCGCCAACACCUACAACGGCUACGGCAAGAGCCACAGCAGCGUGGGCGGCAGCGGUGGGGGAGGGGGCAGCCCCAGCGCCAAGAAGACCACCCGAGGGCCUCGCAGCAGUCCCAGGAACAGCGAACCAGACCCGCAAGAUCCUGACUCGGAAACAAAGCGAAUUCAAGACAUGUUGUCAGGAAUGGAGAAACCACAGAUCUCUAACGUCCAGGCGAGGACGGCUCGGCUGAGCUGGGUGCCCCCGGCGGGCCUGGUGAGCAGAGACAGGCACAGCAACGGCCACCCAUACAGCUGCACCUACGAGGUCACGCUGUCCGACAAGGGCCGGGACAGCAAGUACCGCCUCAUCUACAGUGGCGAGGAGUUGGAGUGCAAUUUGAAAGACCUGCGACCUGCAACAGACUACCACGUCAGAGUGACCGCCAUUUACAACUCAGUGAAAGGCUCGUGCUCAGACAUGGGAACCUUUACCACCCACAGCAGCACCCCAGACUGCCCCUUCCCCCCGAAACUCUCCCACCGUACCAAGGGCUCCCUCACACUCCAGUGGAAGCCUCCUGUCGACAACGGAUCAAAGAUCACCAACUACCUUUUAGAGUGGGAUGAGGGCAAGAGGAACAACAUGUUCAGAGAAUGCUACUUUGGGAGCCAGCGGCACUGUAAACUGACUCGCCUGUGUCCUGCCAUGGCCUACACGUUUCGCGUGGCUGCACGGAAUGACAUUGGCAUGAGUGGUUUCAGUCCAGAGGUGGUGUUCUACACGACUGGAAGCCUGCCCCACCUGCCCCUGGCUCCCCGGCUGGUGCGAGCCGGUAUCACGUGGAUCACGCUGGAGUGGACUCGGCCCGACGGCUGCUCGGCCGAGGAGCACAUCACCUACACGCUGGAGAUCCAGGAGGAGAACCACGGAACAGAGUUUCACCCAAAGUACACUGGAGAAAACUUGACCUGUACUGUUGAGGGGCUGAAGAGGAGCACACAGUAUAAAUUCAGGCUGAUUGCGUCUAACGUGGAGGGCCGCAGUAGCCCCAGUGAGGUUCUGGUGUGCACCACGAGCCCAGACAAACCUGGCCCCCCAUCAAAGCCCUGUGUGAAGGGAGCCAUCACACCUUACAGCUUCAUAGUGAAAUGGGAUCCUCCACAAGAUAACGGUGGCUCAGAAAUCUUGACAUACCUCUUGGAGAUUUCAGAAGGCAGUUCUGAGGCCAACCAGUGGGACAUUGCUUACAGUGGGCCGGCCACAGAGUGUGAGUGCGAUCACUUGAAACCUGGCACUUUGUACAGACUGCGUAUCUGCAGUAUCAGCACCGGAGGACACAGCCCGUGUUCUGAGAGUGUGCCGGUCCGCACGUUAAGUGUGGCUCCAGGACCCUGCCAGGCUCCACGCGUCGUGGGCAAAGCCAAGCACAAGGAAGUGCAGUUACAAUGGGAGUGUCUGUCCUCUGAGGGCUCUUGCGAAGUGACCGAGUACAGUCUGGUGAUGAGCGGAGGUGAGGGCGAGGGGGUGGAGCCUGCGGAGGUCUACCAUGGCCCGGAGCUGGAGUGCACAGUGGGCAGCCUGCUCCCCGGCGCCACCUACAGCUUCCGCCUGCGCGCUGCCAACGAGGCUGGGUAUGGACCUUUCUCUGAAGCCACGGAGGUGACGACUGCCGCGGGACCUCCAGGGCAGUGUGGGGCGCCAACUCUCACCCUCACGUCCAGCACGGGUGUCAUGGUGAGCUGGGAGAGUCCAGAGACCUCAGGUGCGGACAUCUCUGAGUACCGUCUGGAGUGGGGCCGUGACGAGGAGCCCAUGGAGAUGAUCUACUGCGGCAGCGGCACCCAGUGUGACAUCUCCGACCUGGCCCCCGCCACACACUACUGCUGCAGACUGCAGGCGGCCAACCAGGCGGGUGUGGGCCCCUACAGCGAGGCGGUGAGCUGCCAGACGCCGGCCAGCGCCCCGGAGGUGGUGUCAGGGCUGUGCGUGCUGGAGCAGGGUCCAGCUGGGGACUGCAGCGGGGACUACUGGCCUUCCAGCUGCCUGGCCCUGCGCUGGGACGAGCCCUGCUGCAACGGGGCGGAGAUCGGCAGCUACGCGCUGCACCUGGGGGACAGGACCGUCAGCCUGGACGGCAGCGCCACCUCCCACGUCAUCCAGCAACUGCAGCCGGACACAGAGUACAGCAUCCAGAUCCAGGCGGUGAAUGAGGUGGGCGCCGGCCCCCUGAGUGCCCCCCUGGUGGCCUGCACCCGUCCGCUGCCCCCUGCGCCCCCCAGGCUGGAGUGUGUGGCCCCUGGGCCCCUGAGCCUGAAGCUGCGCUGGGGAGAGAACAGCAGCAGCAGCAAGAGCCUGCUCAGCACCGAGCUCACCUACAACCUGCAGAUGGAGGACAAGACGGGCAGGUUCCAGACCAUCUACCGUGGGCCCAGCCACACAUACAAGAUGCAACGGCUGGCCGAGUCCAGUUCCUACUGCUUCAGGAUCCAGGCGGUCAGCGAGGCUGGCGAGGGCCCGCACUCAGACACCUACUGCUUCACCACUACCAAGUCUGUGCCCCCCACACUUAGAGCACCCAGGGUGUGUCAGCUGGAGGGGAACGUGUGUGAGGUGAGCUGGGAGUCAGUGCCACCCAUGCGAGGAGACCCAAUCAUCUACAGCUUGCAGAUGCUCAUCGGGAGAGAGCUGGACUACAAGCAGGUGUACAAGGGCGAGGAGACGUCCCACCAGAUGCUCCUGCAGUGCAACACAGAGUACCGCUUCCGCGUGUGCGUGUGCCGACGCUGCCAGGACAGCGCUCAGGAGCUCUGCGGCCCUCUCAGCGCGUCCUCACUCUUCACGCCGCGCCGCCCCGAGCCCUCCCCGACCGCCGACGCAACCGCCACCGCCGCCGCAGCAGCAGCUGGCGCCGUCGUCCCCGCCGGCAUCAUCUCGACAGACGAGCGCUUCGCGGCGGUCAUCGUGUGCGCCUUCGCGGCCCUCUCCAUCCUCAUGGCGUUCAUCCUGCAGUACUUCUUCAUGAAGUGAUGGAACCGCCGAGAGGAAAAGAGCACAACGAGGGGAAGACAAAUACACAAACAAACAAGCAAACAAGCAAAGAAACUUUUCAGUAGUAGCUCUUCAGUGAGAUAUGAGAAGAAAUCAUCAAACACUUGAGGUAUAUGUCUGACGCUACCGGUGUAGUCCAACUUAUGUAUUCAGGCUUGUUAGUCUUUUUGACCUGCACAUUCUUUUUCUUCACUGUGACUCUUCUCAGUUCCCUUUCUCUCUCUCUCUCUCAUUUGCUCACUCAUUCACUCUCUCAUCUCGUCUUUGGAUCUGCCACAUCUGCCAAAAAAAGCCUGUUACAUCUACCACACCGUCAUGGUUGAGAACACAAACUCGGAUGUAUUAAGCCUUAAAAAUAGUCCUGUAGCCAAAUGAUUUGCAUGUUCUUUUUUAAUCCAUUAAUGGUGUACAACUAAAAAGAAGAAAUGUAAUGUUCUUUAUACCUUUAUGGCCUUUUAUGUGUCUUUUUUAUCUCACCUAGUUUGCUGCAGACAUUUUCUGCCUCGUUACAGCCAUAUUCAAGGAUAGGCAUCACAGCUUUAUUGAUCGUAGUCUGAUUUCGUUGUUGAUCUUUAAAUGCUGUUCUUUGUACUGUUCGUUUUUUUUACAAGAGAAAUCACAGUGUUCAAAAGGAACCCAACACUAGUGGAUGGCUCCAGCCUGGCAGUUUGGCCUCUAGAACAUGUAGCAUCUGAUUUGAUUGGUUUGAUCCUCCCAAUGAAUCACAUGUCAAUCAAAAGGCAAGUCUGGAGCUCUUGCAUUGAAGCUGCCAAAGCAAAAGUUGCAAUCUGUUUGUGGUUAUCGUAAUGCUGCUAUCAUGUGUUUUAUAUAUAGAUACACACACACACACACACACACACACACACACACACACACACACACACACACACACACACACACACACAUAUAUACAUAUAUAUAUAUAAUCUCCAAGGAAAAUCGAACCGGUUAUCUAAUGAUAUUUAAAAUAUAUAUAAUUCUAUGAACACAGUUUAUUUUGAGAAAUCUUGGGUUUGAGUAGGCUUCUCAAAUGGAGUGUCUUGGAGGAUGAGUCGGCUCACAUACUUUGGUGCUUUUUGUUUGUUUGUUUGUUUGUUUUUUAAUCUGUGGUCAGUAGUGGUGCAGGUGAAACGUGGGAGGUGGCCGUACCGUACCGUAUCGUACACAAGCCCCUGAUGUAGUGCCGGCCUGCCACAGGCACCCGACUAGUGAACAGGGGCGCGUCCUGGAGCUUCGUCAGGCUGUCCGUUCGUGACGGCGUCUGUCACUCCAGUCCUAAAACUCUUGCUUGUCGUGUUGUUGCGCUUAUCGGACCGAAUCGGUCAGGCCCCAGAAGUUCCUCUGCUCCAUGCGCUAAACGUUACCUCUGGAGUCAGAUCUCACUGCUCUCACUACAGACCCAGGGACCAGGACGACUGUUGAAUGACUAGUGCCACAAGAAAUCCAAUCAAAGCAAAAGCCAGUGCGUUGCUGUGAAAGAAUUCCUCGAGCCGCUGCUCCGCGCCCCGUAAAUCAUCAUCUGUCUUUGUAAUACCCCUUAAUGAUCCUCUCUCUCUCUCUCUCUCUCUCUCUCUCUCUGUCUCUCUCUCCUGCAGUGGCUUCAAAAUUCUGUUCAAUUUCAAAAGGUGCUUUCAUGACACAAUUCUAGCAGUGAACCCCUCCUUAAUCUUUAAACACCAACCAAGAACCUUAACAUGUAUGCCAAUCACUAUUGGGGUAAAGGGCCGUGUAAUGCGCUUCAUCAGCCAAGGUACAAAACAUCAGAUUCCACAAAUCCAAAGAGAUCCUCCUAUAGACCUGCAGACAGACGUCUUUCUUUAAAGCAAGGGAAAAAAGAAGGGGAAUUGUCAGGGUGCAGGGCUUUUAGUGGUCAGUAAGCCCCUCCCUCAUUUUUGACUGACAGCAUGCAUCGUACCUCAGGGACACGGACUUUCAAGAGGUGAAGAAAUUAAUUAUUUGUUACCAGGAGGGUGCUGCAAACACUAUUGUUUUUAUUAUUAUUAUUAUUAUUAUUGAUUUUUUUUGUUUGUUUGUUUGGCUCACUCUCUGUUCCCCUGCAUCCUCGCACCUCUGCUCUCAGUGUGCUUCUGUGCCUUGCUCCUUUGUGUCCGUAAGCAAAAUCGUUUACUAGCUCAAGAUACCUUUGCCAAAGUAAAUGGGAAUCUAAGGUAUAAUUCUUUUAGUUUUAUUUAUACUAUAUAUUGCAUUCAGUACUUUAAAUGCCAAUUACAGUGCAAUCUUCAUUUAUUUAUUUUUAAAAAAAUUAAGAGACAUGUAGUUACGUACUAUUUUUUUUCUCUUGUAGCAUGUUAUUUCUGUUUGUUUGUUUUGGAUGUUUUAGAUUUAUGAUUAAGGCCAGCAUUCCUAAUAAUAAUAAUAACCCUUUGAUGACGUUUCUUUCCAUAAUUUGGUACAUGUAGCAAGCAACAUGCUGUUAACAUCUACAUUUACAUAUAACCGAAUGCCUAUUCAUCACCUUUCAGAGAAGAGCUGUGCUUUCAGCCCAUUGUAUUUGCAUAGAGAGUUUGUAGCAGAUGUUUAACCAGGUUAUGGUGUUUUGUAAUGGGAUAUAAUUCGCUACACUUUGGUAUGGCUUAAUAGUGUUCUGAAGCUUAUGAUAUACCGUUUGCCAAAGCUGAGACCUGUCCACCUUACUUAUCUUUCUUUGUCUGCUGUUUAUUUAAAGGGUUGUGUGACAAAUCCUUUGUGACUAUAGAGCAUUAUUAUCUUGAAAGAGGAAAAUGAUAACUUGAUCUGUGAUUACACCUUUUUUUCUUUUUGUAGAGAAAAUUGUGCCAUUUAUUUGUGUAGCCCCUUAUUGAGGUGAAGUUCUCUGUACAAUUUCACUCUGAGGGGUCAGAGAUACAAUCAGACUGUUUUGAGCAAGUAUUCUUUUUCCAUGCAUCAUAGCUCAGUAGGGAACGCAUCCAGUAUUUUGCUAUGGAAUGAUAUAUAGAGUUAUAUAGAGAUAUUAUAUGUCAACUAACAGAAAUGAAGCACUUUUUAAAAAGCAAAAUAUUAGUCUUCAUAAACUUUAUUGUGAUCAAAUUUCAAUUAUUUCAAGUGAUUAUAUCCCUAAUGAAAUCUGUUUAGGCUGCAACCUUUUUUAAAAGCAGGAGGAAGAUGACUUUAACAAAUAGGAAGUCAGACAAAUCCAAUGUCUAAUGUCUAAAAGAUCUUUAAACCUUAUAUCAUUAUUGUUGUUUGCAUUCAUCUCAAUUUGUUUUUGUUUAUCUAUAAGGUCUGUGUCUUCAUCAAAUUAUAUGUUAAGAUGAACGAAGUCCUUAGAAUUUUAAGCAAAUGGUUUUCAGAGACCUAACUUUUUUUUUACCCAAACAAGUUUGUUACUAUUUUUAUACCAUUAUUUUUUGUUUGAAUGCAAAAGCAUUGAUUUUUAAUGUAGUUUGCUGAAGAGUUCUCCCAAACUCCCAAAAUGCUCCCUGGUAAAUGUAUAGAGCAAAUGUUUUGAACUAUUUUCCAAAACAAUGUAUUUUAUACCUCAAAGUUCGAAAAAAUGAGAAACAUUCCAAGCUUUUCAUGGUCUACAAUUUUUAAGAAUCAUACAUUUCUUCUUGUAUUGUAAAUGUUAGACAAUUUCAUAAGCAUUAUGUAAAAGAAACUGCCAUAUCAAUUUUAAUGUAUAGAUUUUUGCAAAUACUACCCAAUGUAUGUAAGACUUAUCAGUACCUGUAGCUUAUAUGUAAUAUAUUUAUGCCCAAUAAAUGUUUUAAUUUUUUCUGAUUUGGAAGAAACUCA